AUGACCAAUCCGUUUCAUCCCAGAUUCCUACGUGCGCUUUUUCCGCAACAGUUCCCCGAGGGUCAUACUUCCAAAUCCUCGACUCAAGGCCAUCGAAACAAACGCGUGAAAUAUAUCCACGAGCCCUCGCACGAAGAAGAAAUCAUCGAAACGUAUGACAGUAUUGAGGGAGAAGAUGCCGAGGACAGAGAAGAGGAUGAGAAUCAAUUACGCUUAGAACAUAAAUCGUGUGCGAAAGCGAUGAUGAGGAGGAAGAUGGCGGAACGGGUGACGAUUGAUCCGGAUGGAGAUUUGUUGUUGAUUCUGAAUGAGAGGAAGAGAGAUAGUGUUUCGAAGAGGAAGAUCGGAGGGAUGGAAAUGGUGGCGACGACGGUGGAUGAUUCGGGAUUGGGGAUGAGAUUGUCGGAGAUGGGGAAUGAGAUUGCGGAAAAGGAAAAGGAAAAAAACAAAAAGGAAUUGAAGGAAAUUCACAUGUUAGUUUCGUCGAAACAUAUGGUUCUCGUUUCGCCGGUCUUCAAAGCAAUGCUUCAAUGGAGUAAUUUCAAAGAAGGAUAUGCGAUGAAAGCCCAUGGGAAAGUCGAAGUUCCCCUCCCCGAUGAUGAUCCAGAUGCCAUGCGCAUCCUGGUUGAUAUCGUUCAUUGUCAUCAUAAAGAUGUGCCUCGAAAAGUUAAACUUGGUUUGCUUACGCAUCUGGCGAUUUUGGUGGAUAAAUAUCGAUUACAUGAAGCGGUGCAAAUAUAUUCAGAUAUGUGGAUUUCCCAGGCGAAAAAGAAAUUUCCAUCGAGUAUGGCAGAGGAUGGAAUUGAAGUGUGUUUGCAAUGGCUUUGUAUUUCAUGGGUUUUCGAAAAGGCGAGGGAUUUUACUUCUUUGACGAGGAUUUUUCAACAAGAGAGUACGACGAGUUUGGCCGAGAUGAUUAGGGAUUCGAAUUGGGAUAUUCCGGUGCCGAGUUCUGUUAUUGAAAACAUCGAACAAGAUCGAAUUCGAGCUCUUGAUGAAGCAAUCUCAGCACUCAGAGACACGAUUGAAAAUUACCAAACCUCUACUCUUGUAUGUCGUGGUCGCCCUUCCCAUUUGUCCGCCGAGCAAGUUCCUCAACAUAAUAAACAAUGCGAUGCGAUGGUUCUAGGAAUGUUGAUUAAAGAAGCGAUUUAUCACAAUCUUUAUCCAUUACCAGAAGCUCCUUAUACGGGUCAUUCUUUCAUCAGUAUUUAUGAUAGUUUUCAGAAUUUUGAAAUCACGAAUGCGUGUGAAGUGGUUAAAAUGUGUGGUGGGAGUGGGGCUGGGGGAAAGAGAGAGAAGGAGGAGAUGGAUAUCCAUGCGUUCGGGGAUGGGUUGAUGGAUCUUUUGGAGCCGGUAGAAGAAAGUUUGAGCGGGUUGGAUAUGGGUGGGUUUAAGGUUUCGUUGGGGUUGGUUUAG